ACCACAAGCUGCAACGUGGUUUAGGCUUUGGCGGGGUUAGGGCAGUUAUGGUACAGAGACCUUACACGGAUUCAAAGUUGGUAUAUUUAAUGAUAAUACACGCUUUCUCUAGUCUUCUGACCACUCACAGCACUAUUACCCCAAAUGUCACACUCACCCGUUCACACCACAUUGUACAGAGCCAAUCAGGUUUUGACUAAUCUUAUUCACACACACAUUUAGGACUGGGAGCACUUGAGCAACCUGCAACCUUUCGACUCUACCACUAAUAAUGCUAAGUCUAACGUCUGAUUGUUUAAUUAAUUGGCUGAUAAGAACACUGUUGCUAUGGAAGCACAAACACCAGUUUCACGUCAUUUAUAAAACAAUGACACUAUCUUUAGUCAGUUGUUGGUGUUAACCUGUUUCUAUUUUUAGUCAACAGUUGGGUAAUGAGGAUAGUAGAUAGAAGAUGAGUGGUUAUGAGGUAAAAUCCCUUUUCUAAACUUUGACUCAACUGUCUCUGUUACCUAAACUUUUAUAUAUAUAUUUAUAUGUGGAUGACUCCAGUGUGACAGUCCUGCACUUUGUUCAUCUGUAAACCAACUCAACCACCUCCUGAAAACUCACGCUUCAUUCAUAAAUGUAGUUUUUUAUGUACGCCAAGAGAUGCUAUUUGUGUCACAUCACCAAGGCAGCGAUUGCAUAUUCAGUAUGAUAUAAUUACGAAAGAGGGCUAGUAACACACAAACAUAAUUCUUGACGAUGGGCUUGUUAAACUUGAUGACCCAGUUGGCAGUCUGUGGUCAGCUGCCAUAAAAUCUGAUGUCAGCGUUCAGUGUCCAGAGGAUGGAUCAUUUAUGGCUGGUAACUCUUCUCUCAAACUACCUCCAACACAGAUAUCUCUGCCUGAAUAGACAUUUACAUAAUUUGACUUGAAAAUGGAGCUUCCUCCGGCACACUUGGUUUCAAAAGGAAUUAACACUGUUAAUCAGAUUUUACACACAGUUUUAGCUCAUGAUUGCCAUUGAAACUCAGUACUGCUUAUCAGCGAGGGUCAUGAUUGUUACGUGAUUCAGAAACCACCAGCCUUGAACUUUUUAAUAUCCUCCCAAUGAUGGCUUAAAGAUCACAGUUAAUGAGAAGGUUGAAGGACCUAUAAAGUUUUACAGAGCCGCAAUCAAGCUUCUUAUUGGGCUGAAUUGUUUCUCUUUCGAGUCCAAACUACAGUCCAAAGAUCAAAGUUGAGGUCGUCAAGACUCACUACAAGCCAGGGCAGAGCUUUGGGAAGAGACAAAGCUGAUGGAGCUUUUGUUUUCUGCUAGUCUAUUGUGUUGAACCUGUUACUCACAUAUUUGACAUUUGACUCACACUGUUCCAGAAAAUAACAAAGCAAACUUAUCCCAGAACCGAAACUUUUAUAUUUCUAUUAUAUCACAAACAUUUAGCUUAUACAAGCAGUUAUAAUAGUUUCUUGACCUUUGGACACUGAUAAAUAAAAUCUGAUACAUUUAAUUUAGCAGAUUUUACAUCCUAGACCUUUACCAGGCAAAUUCAGAUAACAAAGACCGUACAACAUCUCUCCUGUGCACUUGUUCUGUGCAAAAUAAUCACUCUCAUUUCUGGUUGUAGUGAUUCUCUGAUUAGCUUCGCAAAUGUUGCAUCUUGAACAAAUAGUUUGAAAAGGGUUAAGGGUUUCUACUUGGGAAAAGAGUUCUACAGCACUAUAAGCUCCCAAAAAAAUUUGCUUAUUCUUUAUUGGACUUUAUUGGACUAUUCUUUAAAGGACCUAAAACAGAGCCCUGAGGAACACCGCAGCCUGUUUUUUGUAAUGUUAGAAGUAUAUUAGUGCAGUAUGAAAUGCAUCUUGAAUAGAAUACUGCAAUGAUGAAAUACUUUUGAAGAAACACAUUUGAAGAUAUUAUUGCCAGGGCCAUAUUUUGCAGGCUGCUUUUUGUCAACUACAGAUAGAUGUCAAAUGUGAAGUUUUAUUUUCCUUUUCGUGGGUCUUUAAUGUUGUCCUGAAAAGUGCUCAAAGGGAUAUUCCGGCAUAAAAUUAAUUUAGGGUCAAACACACCGUAACACCAAGUUAGACAACCCCUCGAGAGAUGAAUGUUGCCGACCGCUUGCUUCUCUAGUUAUACCAACUUUAGUAACAACCGCACGAUAGCAAUACACAGCGGUCUGAGGAGCCAUGAAGAAAUCUCAACCAAAACGCCACUCUAUAGCCACAAAUAAUGCUCAGAACAGCACCUAACUUCAUCAACAGGACAUAUAGGGUCCCAGCCAUAGUACUAGCCACCAAACAUCUUUUAACUUUGCCUAAUUUCUUAAGCAAAGAGACUAAACACAACUCACCUACUCUCUUCCAGCAGCCGCUUGUUUGUAGUUAGACCUCAGGCCAGUUCAUUACGGACUACAGCGGGGUGACGCAGCUCAAGGAAGAACAUUUCUGAUAAUUUCUUCAUGGAAAUGCAACCAGACCGAGACGCUAAGGCAGAAGAACUAUCGUGUCUGCAAAAUGAUCAAUAUGGUGAUUAUUACUCCAAGGAAAUGAUAAAGAAAUGAUCAUAAAUGUUCUUCCUUGAGCUGCGUCACCCCACAGCAGUCCGUAAUGGACUGGCCAGAAGUCGAAAAGAAGAAGAGGAAAAAAAAAGAAAGAAGAAAAGAAAGAAAGAAAGAAAGAAAGAAAGAAAGAAAGAAGUUUCUAUUCUCUUCACAUUUUGUUUGUUCUUACUCGGUCCACUCUGUCAUUCUGUCGAUGGAUGAGAAGAGUGGAGUUUCCCACAGUUCUUGAAGGCAUCACCAGCCUCCUCAGGUUGGGAGGGAGCGUUUACAGCACGCAGCAAAACUCCGACACACGACACCUCUGUGUUACUCUUGAGCACAGAGAGGUUGCGUCGCAGGUGCGAGACCGAAGAGACUGACCGCCUACAGACACAAGCGGACAACAAACGACCCAACUGUGCAACGACUCAUUUCGACUUGUUCCUGGACACAGAACCAGCAGGUUUUUCACUGUGUCCAGCUGCAUUGUGUGACACGACCAUCCUGGUGUCGGACAACAUUCAACAGCGCUACCAUGCCGACUCUGCGACACUCGUACACGGUGACAGCACCGGAGGAACCAGCCCGUCUCCCCACAGACAACCCCGACCCGCGGCGGAAGAGCCCACCGUCGUUGUCCCGGUCCAAGCUGGUGUCCACAUUCAUGGGUUUGAUCAUCAACCAGGCCAAGGUGAGUCCACCUCUCCACCCCUGUCACAACUUUCUGAAAGCACCCUCUCUUCCUGAGACCCUUAUUUAUUCUAACUUUUUCAGACAUAACACCGUUUUUCUGACUUAUAAAAGUUUAUAUGCAGAUACCUGCAUACUGUGUUUAAACAGGGGUGUCAUCGUAGGUUUUGUUGCAGGGGGGCUUAGCCCUGAGAGAGGGUCUUGCAAAUUUUACCCCAAAAAACGUAUAUAUUUUUUUAAAGGGGUGCAAAGGCAAAUUGAAGGUUAAGCUUUGCUGAUUGUUUCUUAAUAUGUGCAAGCAAGGAAGAUCUCACUAUGACCAGUACACUUUGCAGGAUAAUAUAAUGGUUAUUUGGAUAAUUUGGGGUACCUCAAACAUAUGUGGAGAUGUUUAAAGCCCCUGUGAGAGGAUUUUGCUGUUAAUGAAACAGUCUGAUGUAUUUUUAUGGUUGUCAAAAGCAAACAAAAACCAUUAGCUCCAAACUUUACACAUUUUAGUUUUUGUUUCUUAUGCCUGAAACUGAUUCAAGGGGAAAGUGCACAGAAGGAUCACUCUCUCUAUACUUGUAUAACAGCAAAGAUAUACUUUUUGACAGAAAAGGUUCACUUUUUCACAGAUUUUUGACAGAAAAUUGAUGAGGAUUGAAACUCUUCACAGCAGCUCUACAGAAAUCAAUCGAAAAUGUGUCUCAUAUUGUUGAUUUGGUUGAAUGAUAUGCACAUUUCUAUCCUAUCAAUGUGGGAAAUCAUAAUUUUUUACAUUUUUUUAUGUUGUAACAGAGCGGUGUAAUUUAGGCCUUUAGAUUACUAUCAUAGAAGUGAAAAUAACCAGAUCAUUUCUUCGCAGUAUCACAGUAAGCACCAGAGAGAUUUAUGCAGGACCUAAGUUGAUUUCUGCGCAGAAAUUGAGAAAUGCAAGCAACCUUAUCAACUCUGACACCCCCUCCUAAAAGAGCAGAGAAGCCUUGUGGAGGUCUAAAUCUGACCUUUAGGUCCUUAUCACCCCUUAAGUGGAGGACAGGGCGGCGAGCACACACACACACACACACACAGACACAGGAAGAAUCAGUGAAGGGAGUGAAGCACAGACAGAGCCUGCCUGCCUGCAGAGCCUGCCUGCCUGCAUGAGAGCAACAAUUUGAGUGUGGCGUUGGUUACGUAACAGGACGGAGUGCGGCUGAUAAGGAAUGUGUCCAGACUGUCACCUUAUCAUCAGCACAGAACAUUUUGUUAACUCACAGCUGCCCACAGCCUGCAGCGCAUUUUGGUGUCCAUGUGGGUUUGAUGUGUUUACGUCAGUGUGAAAGAGUUAUCCGGCUUCACUCCAAGGCCACACUUGAACUCUUUGUCCUUGUUAAUUCUGGGGGGAUAUUUUUAGACUCUACAGAGGAUCUGAGCUCUGAGUGGUAUGCAUGCUUGGAUUUAAACUCAGUAUAAAGAACUGUAUUGUUCUGACCUUCGAGUUUUAAUGAACUAGUUUUUGUAAUUGUGCUAAUUAGCUCUUUCACAGUAAAUGACUUUCGCUUUGUUUUGGUGCUGCAUGCUAACAGUUUUAGCCUUCUCCCUGAACUCUGCUGAUCCCCUAAAUUUACCUCUUAAAUCAAUUAAUAAGUCAAUUAAUGACACACUUACUGAGCUUGGGCCAGGCAUUGCAAAAGAAACUUAAUCAGGCAGAAGCCUAAAUAUAACCAGACCCAGAAUUGGCCCAGAAGUUCAGUUUGGGACUCAGUUAUUUAAUCAGUGAUCGGUGUUGAUAGUAUUUUCUGAGUUUAGAUGGGAAAAUAUAGAAACAUUACAGCCUGAUUUCAAACAAAGUAUAGUCAGUGUGUAAAAUGUUGUUAAAAUCUGAAUUUGGUGAUUUGCAGAUCAUCUUAUUAAAAAAGUGCAAAUGCUGUCAAGUGCCAGUUAAGCAUAACCUGUGGCCUGAUACUCAAAAAGCUCAUGUUUGCUGUCCCAGAAGUCAAACAAAAGUUGACGGUUUUCACAGUUGAGAUGCUGAAAAUGAGGAUGAUUAGCAUGUUCCUUGAAAAAUACUUCAGCAGGGUUAGAAAAAGUUGUUUUUCUUCAAUUUGUAUUUCAGUUCCCCAAUAUUGCUAGGCGAUUUUGCAUGAAUAAAAGUGUUUUGAUGGAUGUACUAUGAGACUUUAUGAGACGUUUUCGUCACCAUACUUUGUAAGGCGGCUAAUGUUUGACUGCUGUCAUAAUAUUUUUAAAAAAGUAAAAAUGACAUCAGCCUCUAAAAGAGCACAUCUCUCAUGCUGAUGUGACCUCGAUGUCAUACUUAUAUUAUUUACGGUCAUGUGAAUUUUAGAUGAUUUUUUCUCAGUUGUUUGGGUAUUUUUCUCUAGUACUGUUGUCAUGAAAGUACCUCUUUGGCACUUGCCUGGCCCUGCAGUUUAAUAGAAGAGAUUUAUGUGAUAUUGUUUGAAAGGGAGUGGUAUAUCUGGGAGUGUUGCUCCCCUGGUCACAUGUUGCACAGCUUUGACCGGGCAUGCAUAGCUGAUUUUCAGGGCAUUAUGCUCUCUUGCUUCUCUGAAGGAGUGCCAAUCUGUGUGUGCGUUCUUGUUCAGAGCACCUGAACGCAUCACUGACUCGCUUUUUGGACGGGUCUGUUAAAUAACAAGCCGCCUGCUGAGCUUGCCGAGCCCUGCUGGUCAGUAUUCGCAGCAGUGCAGCAGAUUGAGACUAGCACCAUAUGGUCACCUUCAAAUGCUGCGGAAAAGAUAAUAAACAAAGAGAAAUAAGGGAGUGAUAUUGCAGCCAAGAGCGCUGAGGGCUGCUAGUAUCACAAAAUAAAUAUCCUCAGAGAGGGGGAUGAAAUAAACAGCACUACGAGGUCUUCAACUUUCCACUGAGAGUCCUCAAAUAAGGAAAACUACGUUAGGAUUAUGCUAAUCUGCUCAUGUUUACCUCAAAUACAACAGACCUACCUGACAUACAGGUAGCUGACGUAGCUGCUGUGUCUACAGUUUGUGUGCGUACACACUGUGUUGUAUGUUCUCAUGCAGCUUCAUAGCCGUAAGCAGAGGUACUGAUGUGUGACAUGGCUGACUUGGUGCGAAUCAUCGAGUUACACUGUUACUAUGUUCCCUUCACAGGUCAUAAGGUGAUAUGUCACCUGUAAAUACUCAGAUACCAUCAGACUGACGUUAGUGCGAGUGGAAAAUACCAAAAGUAAUGAUCAGUUUACUCAAAUUAACCUGUCAAAGAUGAACUUUUGUAGUGACAUAUGAAGGGAUUUAUGAGCAUUAUUUCUCUAUGUGACUCAUGGUGUUCACUUCUGAUUGUUAAACCACUCGUAUCAUCAACCAAGAUGACAACUUAUUAUUCUAACAAGUAUGAGGAAGUUUUGAAAACUCAUAAAACUUAUAAAAUUAUACCGACAGUUUGAGAGAAUGAGUUCGAUUACAUUUGUUCGACACUCCAGCGUACUCCGUCUUGAUUGUAGAGCAACAAGCCUCUGAUUUAUUGUUGCACCAAGCUUGACUCAGGUUCUCUUUAACUAGUCUGACCAUGUUUUGACACUGAAUUCAUGUUACUUAUUGAAGUUUUUAGGAGCCAUCUUUAGGUCUCUAUUAAAGUCAUUUUAAAUCUGGUCUUGCUCUGGUUUUGAACCUUUAAAAUAAGGAUACAAAAAAAUGUCUUUUUUUUCCGCUGAUGGUCUUGUUUGCUUUUGCAUGUCACACAAAAGCAUCAGUAUGAAUUUCCCUUUUAUAAACAUAACAAAACUCCUCAUGGGAGCUUUAAUAAUUUUGUUCUGAUCUACUUGAUCAAUUCCGAUAUUUUUGAUGGUAUAGUCAAGAUAAUCCCAUUUUUGCCCCUAGAGAGCAAUCAUCUACUGUUGAAACAGGUGAAACAGUUUGGGACAUCAGCUGUUGGAUAUUUCAUGAAACAGUCCUGUUUGUUUUAACCUAGAGGUCUUUAAUUACCAAAAAAAGGGAAACUAGAUCUCCCUUUUCCCCUGCAAACAUGCCAUCUAUCCAUAUCCAGAUAUUUUAAACCUGAUGUUUCUGAUUGCUCAGGAACUUUUCAGUCACACACCAUCAGCAGUAUUUAUCCGAAGCGCCUUUAUCAGCACAUGUUCGGUGGCUCUCAGCAUGUGCACCACCUUUUGCUUAUAGAUGAUUAACACCACACCACCGGAGGGGCCGGAUACGACAGAAACUCAACUCCUCGCUCCCCGCCUGAGGCCCUGAUGCGAAACUCUUCACACAAACAUUUCAACACGGCGUUGUUACAAAUUCUGAGUAGAGCUUUUCUCCUCGCCCCUCGUCACAUGGCGCUGUGAUGUCACGUGUGAUUUUGAGCUGGUUGGUGCAGACAGAGGUCAGGACACACUGUAGUGUUUCAUUAAAGCAUGUGCUAAACAGCGGCUGAUAUCCUGAACACAGCGCUGCACUGAUGCUGCCAACAAUGUGACAGUCAGAUGGUAUGCAUAGAGUGAAUACCAUACGGUCAUGCAGUCUUAUUCACACUCCGGGAAUGAAGCUGGGCUGCUGUCAGAGAGGAGUUUCAUCACACUGAGUCUAUGUGCAAGAUGAUCUGUGUGGCUGUACAGCAGGAAACACAUUCAGGGAAGAACAAAAUUAUCGGAGGCUUCUUGCAGCUCAUUUUGAAACGUGCUGCACGUGUCUGUUCAGUGUUGGUACAUCAACACCCUCAUACUUAUCAAGGAUGUUUAUUCGACUGACGUGACGGACUGGAAGACUGUCAGUGUCGGUUAUUAAAAAAUAGUUUAGACUCUGCUUUUUGGAGCUGCCUCAAACUGGAUCGAGGAAUUGGGGAUAUGUUAUGUGACGGCAACCAGAAGUUUGUUGGACCGUCAAAACAGCCACAGUUAUGUACAUUUUUGGUGGGGAUGGGGGGUUACAUAUUUGAUCGACAGUCUGGACACAUUAUAACUUCCCCAUUGUGCAGGGCUCGACACGAACUUUUUUCAGAAGGGGCACAUGUUCUCCUUAGUUGAAAAAGUAAGGAGCACACAAAGAACUUUAGGGGCACAAUGAAAACUGAUCAAAUGGCGUGUGUCUUAUUGGUCGACUUAAGUACUAUUAUUUGAAAUCAAUUUUAGGUCUUUUGGUCACAUGACAUGGAAACUAUUGAAGAAAAUGUUCAAAAUUUGCCUUUAAAUUUAACACAAAAAUAUUUUAGAGGACAAAUUAGGAAAAUAAAGAGGUGUGUCUUAGUGUCCGACCUUAGUGCUAUUAUUUGAAAUCCACUUUAGGUCAAUUGUCACAUGACACGGAAGCUAUUGAAGGACAACAGCCUUUUUUGAGAACCUCAACCGGUAAUUUAUUGAUGGUCUCUUAUUCGACACCCGACGUUGACAGUGAGGGUGCCGAGUAGAUUUAACCACGCUGCUGUUGCUACUAUGGUUACAAAGAGUGAGAAGACACCAGUAGAUCCUCAGUCAGAUAUUCAACCUAAAACUAACUUCACCGCGGUAUUUACAUGAAAAAACAUUUGUUGCCUUGGCUGAUUUCUUUAUGCGUACAUGUGCCCCUUAAUACAUUUUACAAUUGAAACGGUCGCACUGUCGAGCCCUGUUGUGGAUAAAACUUUACCUAAAAGGCAAAUUUUCCACUGUGGAGAGACUUAAAACCUUUUGAUUGACACACACACACACAAAAAAAACCUUACAAGUAUAUGAAGUGAUGAAUUAAUCCAAUGAAAGUGGUUUGGCACGCAGUCUCGCUUUAUUUUACAACCUUAGACUUCAUGGAUGCAGUCUCAGUGAUCCCACCCCAUGAUGAAUACCAAAACUGGUGGAAAAUCUCACUCAAUCUCAUCUUUACUUAACCUAAAAACAAGUGAAGAAGAAGUGCAGCUGAGGUUUUGAGUCUCUUGGCAAACAGCUACAGUGUACCUGCCCGUCCAUGAACUCGGCCGCACCCUCACUCGUGCACAUCUGUACAGAACACUUAAUCUUGAUACCUCCAAAUGAAUGAGUUAUAAAAACAUUCGAACACCCUGCAGGUCGGUACAGCGUGCUCUGAUAAAGACAUUAACUAUUUUGAUUGAAACCACACUUUGAACCAGGCUGUAAACAUCCAACACAUGAGCUUUAGGAGCCAGCCUCUGGUGGACGUUUGAGGAACUGCGUGUUUUUGCACUUCCGCUUUGGGGUCCUUGUAACACUGGAAGUUGCUGCACAGAUGCAACAGGUGGAGUUAAAUAUCACCCUCAAAACCAAGGGCCACAUAUACUUCUUGGUUGCAGCUCAUAUCAGCCGUAUGAAAGACUUAUUAUGUUGGCAUCCAUUGCUAUAUUUAGCAUCAGAUGCCAAAAUAACCUCACCCCUGUGACUGUCUUUGCACACUCUUUUCUUGGACUUUUUUUGAUAUAUUUUUAUUUUCUUCUAUCUUAACAGAACAAGAGUCCUCAAGGCCUGGUGGGACUAAGGAAUCUGGGCAACACAGUGAGUGCUUUUACUUUGAGUCACGCAGCGUUUUCUGACCUACUGAAACAAUCACGGGUCCUGGUUUCAUAACUCAAUAAGUUUUGUUUGUUUGUCUCUGUUUCCAGUGUUUUAUGAACUCUAUCCUCCAGUGUCUGAGUAACACUCCCGAGCUGAGAGAUUACUGCCUGAGAAACAUCCACCGCACAGACCUCAACAACAACUGCAGGACAAGCGCCGCUCUCAUGGAAGGUAACACUAGACCCCGGCCUGUGAAACAAGCGUUGGCAGCUUUAUGAGGAACUUUACACACCUGUGAGGUGCUCUGUCAGUGUUAGAUCACUUUAUGGCCCUGCAGUAGGUCACAUAUGGUCGGUCAAUGUUCAGCGCUUAUACAACAUAACGCUGCUGUGCACCAAUUCUCUGCAGUCGCUCUAACAACUGUGUACUUGGCUUACUUUCUUUGCUAAUCGCCUGGAAUCACAAACACAAUCAAAGCGUUCAGCUCAACCCAAUUUUUUGCUGCACACACCCUGAGUUCAGAGGGUGUGUUUGCACUGCAUGUUCUCACAGAUCAAUCUCAGAUCUACUGUGUCUGCAGUGAAAAAGAAAACAUCCCAAAUGUCGAGCGCUAAAAAUGCCCUGGUUUUGUCGAAACAGUUGCAUAACGUCACUUUAUGUAGCACAAAAAAGUUGCUCACCUAAUUUGUUCUUAAUUUGUGUCAGCAUCUGUUUCCUCAUUUAGCACACACAUGCAUUUUACAAAGUAUUUACCCCUGAGGGGACGUCUGCAAGGCUGUUUUACAGCUUUCGACUGCAUGCAACAUAACCGAGAACAGAAUGACUCAGAGUGCAUGACAAAAAAUAGUUCUAGUGUCGUCCCAUGACUGUCUUUAAACAUGCAAGUUACAGUAAGUCAGUGCUGCAAGGUGACAUCUGGGACAGCUGUGUUCAUUCAUCAAACUGAACUGAGAUAGAGUUGAAAGCUCUGAAAUACAGUGCCCAGCAUAAGUCAGUACACGUCCUCUUAAAAAGUAAUUACUCAAUAUCUAGAUGAGCAAGAGUACAAUUUCCAAAGUUUUGACAAAGCUGAGUUUAACAUGACAUUUUAUUUUCCGUAAGAUGAAAAUAAGGGUGAUACGGUGACUAAAAUUGAGCUUUGCUCCCAGAACUUUGAUUGGGGUGUACUCAUUUUUGCACCCUGAUUUUAAACUGAAAAAAAUGCUUUUUUGUAUGCAACUUAAAAAACCUUGUUUGCAAUCAAUGGCCUACAUUCUGGGGAGUAUUUUGUUGUAUAGUCUGACAUAAAAAGUGUUAAUUUCGAAAGGUUUUCUCACAACUCUGAAGGGGUGUACUCAUUUAUGCUGAGCACUGUAGCUACGACAAGAGAUAACUUUUUGACCCGUCUAAAGGUAGAAAAAAACACAUACAGAGUUUGUAAUCUGGUAGAGUGGACAACUUUAUCGCUGCUUUCUACAGCAAAAUACUGCCAAAUUACACAGAACGAUGAGGUUACACCAUGCGGGUAGUAGAUUUUCAAUCUCACCAUGUAAGUUCAUGCUGCUGUUUAUGAACUCCAAGUGUACAGCCAAAGAGGAACAGCUUUGUUUGUAGAGAUUGCAGAUAUCUUUGUGCUCAUUUGAGGUUUUUCUCCUUUUUUGCCCUCUCAGAGUUCGCAAAGCUGACUCAGAAUCUGUGGACUUCUGUGAACAACGAGGCCAUCAGUCCCUCUGAUUUUAAGAGCCAGAUUCAGAGAUACGCUCCUAAAUUUGUGGGUUGCAAGUAAGUCUAUCUUGCUUUUAAAUCUCUUUAUUUGAAUUAGUUUUAGAAUUUAAUCUUGAUCCAGUGAGUGCAUGGAAAAAUCUGAUAACUCUUUUGCUCUGUAGUCAGCAGGAUGCCCAAGAGUUCCUGCGCUUCUUAUUGGACGGUCUCCAUAAUGAGGUGAACAGAGUGACGGUUCGCCCUAAGGUGUCUCUGGAGGACUUUGACCACCUUUCGUAAGUUGGCGCUCGCCCCACCGCCACUACAUCGCACCUCUGAUCCUAAUAAAUCACUCAUAACCUGCAACACCUCGCACUGCCAAGAAAAACCCACUGAGUCAGGCCUGAAGACGGAGUAAAAAAUGUUCUAAUGAAGUGGAAACAUGCAGUGUGAUUACUUAGAAGUUCUCAACGCACGUCAAUGUUUAGAUACUUGAAUGUUGAAGGAGUACGAUCACGAUGACAUUACUGACGUUAUUCUUAGCGCUGCAUCAAAACCAGGAUCUCCAGACCUGAGCAUUAAAACAUUUGUCUCUUGAAAAAAAAAAACAAGGCUAUUCAAGGAAACAUGUUUAGUUGUAACAAGUAAACCAUGAAAUAAAAAGAUUUAGUCGUCAAACAAACACCGGUUUGAUUGUUCUGCUGUGUUUUUUUUUCACAGAGACGAGGAAAAGGGGAAGCGGAUGUGGAAUAUGUAUUUGGAGAGAGAGGACAGCAAAGUUGUAGGUAAGAGAUUCAAAGCAGUUAUUCUAAACCAUCAUUAAUUUAAUUAUCCAAACUUUUCAUUUUAAGAAACGGUCAUUCAGGGCUUCAUACUGAAAAAGAUAAAAAAAAAACUGAAUCAAACUGAAAUAGAGACAAAAUUGUAGUAAAACACAAAUAAAGUGUCUGGAAAGUCACUUUAAAGUUUUCUGCAUGUAUUUAAUGUCAACUCCUUUCUCUUCUUUCUGCCUUUUAGAUUUAUUUGUCGGACAGCUAAAAAGCUCUGUGACCUGCACCGUCUGCGGCUUUCGCUCCACAGUGUUUGAUCCUUUUUGGGAUCUGUCCAUACCUGUCGCACAGGUAAGAACCGCCGCAGACACAAAUAUAGUUCCUUCUAAAGGUUCAAAGCUUCUUCUAAGUGGUAAAUUAAUUGUGUAGUCAGAAGAUUUAGUAUUCCAAAGAUUAUAUUGCUGCACAAACUUACUCCUGGAUGCUGCAUGAAUGUGCACACCUGAAUCCUCUCAUCACAUUCUGCAGAAACCCAAAUUUUACUAAGUGUAUUUGUCUAGUUCGAGUCAAAAUAUCCUGCUACUCUCAUUAUUAGUCACAUUCACAAGUCUCCAAGUAAACACUGUUUCAAGAUGUCAUCAUCCAAAACUAAAGCUGGGAUUGCUUGAGGAAAUAUGGCAAAUGGUACAAAGUAAUUGAAGCGUUAAUUUGGCUUGUAAUAACUUGAGACAAGAUAAUAGUCUUGACCUCACUGGUGGAUGUGGCUUACAUUAAGUGUAAGGAGAUAUUUUGACGAGAUCAGACGAGCCAAAUUGCCUUUUUUGUUUUUUUUUUAGGAUGUUUCAACUCCACAAAAAAGGAGCUAUAAUCCUCGUUUUUUGUUUUCUGAUCCAUGCUCUGUCUCCACAGAAGAGCACAGGUGAAGUGACCCUCAAAGACUGCUUGAGACUCUUUACAAAAGAGGACGUCCUGGAUGGAGAAGAGAGACCGGUAAGAGUCACUACACUUCAACUGUAAAGGGGAUACAGAUGUUACAGAGCAGAAGUUUCUCACUUCUUUCUUUUUGUUCUUUCUCUCUCUCUCUCUCUCUCUUUCUUUUAGACAUGUAACAAAUGCAAAGCCAGGAGGAAAUGCACCAAAAGGUUCAGCAUCCAGAAGUUCCCUCAGAUCCUCGUGCUUCGUAUCCUUUCACCUCAUUCCUGCGCUGUUUAUUUAAGACUUCCUCUAUGCAAAUGCUGCAAACAUGUUUGUUCACUCUGAACCAGUUUGGAGUUGGAAGGCUGACUUGGGUGUGUGUGUUCAAUUCACCUUUAUAUGAUGUUUUAUGUCACUCAGAGACAAAGAGCAGAUGUGUUUGAAAGCUUUUGAAAGAUGUUCAGCCUCAUUGCGCUCAUCGUUAAUAAGCCAUUUAGGCAGUAAAGUGCUGUAUGUGUCACCCAAGAGCUAGAAGAAACCAAAACAUAACAAAACAUUGAGUGCUCAUGCUACUCAGUGUUUGCUAUGCUGUGUGCAUUAGAAUGAAAAACUGUACAAGGCUCCAAGAUGUGAAUAACUAUGACUUUUGCAAAGAAAUCACAUUUAAGCUUUGUGCAUGAAAAAUUGCCAUUGCCAGGUGAGACGGCUUAUCCAUCACGAGCCAUGCUGCUUUCUUAUAAAUCAACAUUGAUAUAUGUAGGUUUGAAAUUCGGUUUGGGGUCUUUCGGGUCCAGUAUUGUUGUCAUUUGAAGCAGUUGGAGCUCCUUGACGCUCUGUUUCUCUCAGACCUGAAGCGAUUCUCAGACUCCAACAUCCGAACCAGCAAACUGUCCACUUACGUCAACUUCCCUCUGAAGGAGCUGGACCUGCGGGAGUUCUCCUCGGAGAGCAGCGGUGAGUGCUUUCACAAGAUGAGAAAGGAGAGGAGAGGAAGGUGAUUGUCCACUCUCCAAGGUUGGCUCGGUUUGACGAGAAUGAACUGACAGUGAGUGUGUUUUCUCUUCGCAGAGCGUCCUGUGUAUAACCUCUACGCCGUGUCCAACCACACGGGGAACGCUUUGGGAGGCCAUUACACGGCGUACUGCAAGAACCAGGCUCUGGGGGAGUGGUACAGCUACAAUGACUCAAGGUACCUGCUCAUAUAUCAUCACUUGACCUCAUGCGUGGUGUGAUCAGAGUCAUAAACAAAGGCGUGUUAAAAAGUUGGCCGAUUAAAAGUACAGACUGAGUGUCUGUGGUUAGGAGUGACUCCGACAUGAAUCUAGGCGCAUUCUUUACUAAUUAUAGACGUGUUAAUAGUUUAAAACCCUGCCUGCCAGCAUGUUUCCUCCUCACACAAACACUGACCUGUGGCUUUCUUUGAAUAACAACAUGAUAUACUUCAUAUGCUCUUUGCAGGGUGAGCCCCGUGUCCUCCAGCCAGGUGCGCAGCAGCAACGCCUACGUCCUCUUCUACGAGCUGACCCCCUCCUCACACAGCAAAUACCAGACCUGUCGGCUGUAGACUCUCUGCAAACAUGAAGACCUGAAUCAAACUGGGCCUAAAAAGUGGAGUCAAGACACUGCCUGCUGCGAGAGAGCUCCACCUGGUGGGGAAAGUACUGCUAUUACAGACUGAUAAAGGCACGGAGCACGAAGGAAAACACUGGCUUUUAGUUUUGGAGGGUGGAAGGUGGAUAUGAGAGCACAUUUGCACUUGGGUGGUGGUGGAGCGACACUGAAAAAUAUACUUUAAUCACAAGAAGAUGGUGCAGAAAUUCAGUCACAGGUAUAUCAGUGGUUCACUGUGUGAGAUUAAAUGAACAAAAUGACUUUUUGGUUUAUUUUUUACUCCAAAAACAAACUUAGAAACAUGCCCAGACCUGUACCUGCACCACCUUUUAUUCUGUUUCGAUGCACUUUUCACAUGGACCUUUUUUAUGCUUCAGUGCAAACUCGAUACCGCCCCACAUGCACGGUGUGUUUUACUCUCUUCCCCUCUGCCAGUAGUUGAAAGUGUAUGCUGUAGAUGUCAUUUAACAAGGCCUUACGGUUUCCUCUUAGAUGAGUGGAAAUCCUCCAAUAGAAAGACUUUGUUUUGUGUGUCGGAGCACAUUUUUAUUUUUGUACAGUAUUUAUGGACAGCACAGUGAAUGUAUCUGUACUGAUGUAAAGCCAAAACAACCAAAGCAGCUGUGUAAAAAUGCUAAAACAAAACUUCCAACAGCAAUAAUGUUGCUGACUUUGCCUCUUAGUCAUAUCAAAGUGUAGAAAUGAUUAAAGCUCAAUGUUAAUUUACACCGUCUCACAUGUUUCUUCAGUAGGUUUCGGGUUAAUUAUUAUGUAUUUAGAGGAGUAGAGCAGUAAUAAAACUGUUCAUUCAGCGUAUCAUUAAUGUAAACAUGAUGAACUACAUGCAGAAAUACAAGCCAAGGAGUUGAGAUUGUGUUUGCUUUAGUUAUGAGGGAUGACAUAACCAGCUUAAAACGACCAUUAAUGCUCAGCCCCUGUAUUUAGAACAUAGGGGAGACCAGGGCUUGUUGUCACACUUUCUACACUCUUAUAUAUCUUGAAAUCAAUACAUCGUAUAUAAACAAAAUGUGUACAAGAUGAAAGACUAAAGUCUCAGGUAUAUAUUUCGUAUUCAUGUCAUUUUCAUAUCUUGUGUCAGUGCAGAGUUAUAAGCAAUCAAAUAGAGAGUGUGAACAUGUGACAUGUUGUCCCACCAUCUGGUAAGUUCUCUCACUCCAUGGGGUUAAGAUGUCACAGUGGAUUUUACAGCUAAUAAAACAAGGACAAAAUGAUCAUUUUUUACUUGAAAGUAAACAUCAAAGUCAGGCACAGAAAAUUAAAAUUAAAAUGUUUAUCAUUGGGCUAGAAAAAGACUUUGAACAAACAUUAACAUCAAAUAUUAUACAACAUGCUCUGGAGUUUGGAGAGCUGUCUGACUCUGUAUUUCGGCUGGGGUGGAUGGUAGUUGACAUUAAAGUCCUUUGUUGUACUCUAGAUUGAUUUAUUAGCUAGGGUUGCUGUCUGACUGCCCACAGCAUCACGUCAGGAACCGCACUGCCACGUAUUUCUUUUGAAAUUCCUGACCAUGUCUUUUUGCUUCCUCCUCUCCUUUAAACCACUCUUUUUUCUGCAAAAAUAAAGUCAAAAUUUCAUUAUGACAACUGCUGAUAAGCAGACUCUCUAUGUUAAUUUUUAUCCCUUUUAAACAUGUGACAACUAACCCCGAAAUGACUGAGACGUGUUUCCCCAAAC